AUGUGGCUCCGUGAUGGUAGAUGUGAGGAGGUUGUCAAAGCUAAUUGGGCCUGUGAUCAGGAGGGUAGUAUGGAUAGAUUGCGACACAAUGUGGAGAAGAUGGGCUCCUGUUUAUCCCAGUGGGGUAGGACUACGUUUGGUCAUGUCCAACAAUUACUUCAUUCUAAGCUGAAUGAGAACCCAAAACGGAUGUCUCAAUUUCGGCCAAUUAGCCUUUGUAACGUGGUCUACAAGAUUGUGAGCAAGUUGUUAGCCAAUCGGAUAAGGAAAAUCUUACCCGAGAUCAUAUCGAUUAAUCAAAGUGCCUUUGUGGCCGGGAGGCUUAUUAGUGAUAAUGUGCUUGCUUCAUUUGAGAUAUUCCAUUUUUUGAAGAAUAAACGGCAUGGAAAAGAGGGGCAUUUCGCCUUAAAACUUGAUAUGAGUAAAGCAUACAAUCGUGUUGAAUGGAGGUUCGUACGGGGGGUAAUGGAGAGGAUGGGUUUCAAUCAAUAUUUUGUGGAUACAAUUUUAUAUUGUAUUUCAUCUGUGUCAUAUUCUGUCCUUGUGAACGGUCAUCCAACGAAGACGUUUGUUCCAAAGAGGGGGUUGAGGCAAGGGGACCCGCUGUCUCCUUAUUUGUUUGUGUUGUGCGCAGAAGGUCUUUCUUCUUUAAUUAAACGAGCUGAAAGAGAGGGUAAGCUCACUGGGGUGGCAGUGUGUCGAGGUAGCCCACGGGUGUCUCACAUUUUCUUUGCGGAUGAUAGUUUGUUGUUUGGAGCUGCGAACCCACGAGAACUAUCGAUGGUUAAAGAUAUAUUAGGAAAAUAUGAGAUAGCUUCAGGCCAAAAAAUCAAUCUUGAGAAAUCGGCUAUCUGUUUUAGCAAGAAUGUGGGGAUGGAUACUCAGGUGGGGUUGCGGAAUGCGAUGGGGGUUGGCAAUUUGGUGGACUCUGGAAAAUAUCUAGGCCUGCCAUACAUUGUUGGGCGAUCUAAACGAGGAAUAUUCAAUUAUGUUAAAGAUAGAGUUUGGAAAUGGCUGAAUGGGUGGAAGGAAAAAUACUUAUCGGCGGCUGGUAGGGAGAUAUUGAUUAAAUCAGUUGCACAAUCUAUUCCAACGUAUAUUAUGUCCUGCUUCCAGUUGCCUGAUAUGAUUUGUGAGGAAAUUGACUCUAUGGUGCGUAACUAUUGGUGGGGUGAGAGGGAGAGCAAGCGGAAAAAUCAUUGGAAAAAUUGGCGAGCAUUGUGUGACCCAAAAUGGUUGGGUGGGAUGGGGUUUCGUAGCUUGAAGGCCUUUAACAAAGCGUUGUUGGCCAAACAGGGGUGGAGGUUGAUUUCGGCCCCAGAUUCUUUGUUGGCUAGAAUUUUGAAGGCUAAGUAUUAUCCUCAUACAAGUUUUCUUCAAGCUGGCGUUGGGUCGAAUCCAUCUUUCACAUGGCGGAGCAUUUUUAAUGCAAGGCCGCUUUUGGAAGCUAGGUUGAGGUGGCGAGUGGGAGAUGGGCGAUCAAUACAGAUAUGGGGCGACAAAUGGGUGCCACAGCCUCAUUCUUUUCGGGUUUGUUCGCCAACUACAACACAGUUACAGGGUGCUUUGGUCAGUGACCUUAUCAAUGUGGAAAGGCACUGUUGGGAUGUCACUGUAUUGCAUGAGAAUUUCUUGGCGAUGGACGUGGAGGCAAUCCAGCAAAUCCCCCUUUGUUGUCACGGCAUUCCAGACAUGUUGGUUUGGCACUAUACGAGGAAUGGGCUGUUUUCGGUUCGUUCAGCUUAUCAUUUGCAAAUGAAUCUUAGUGUGCGCGAGGUGCGCGGGUCUGGGUCAGACGUGCAACAUGUUACCUGGUUUUGGAAGAGAGUAUGGAGCCUUCGCAUUCCCAACAAGAUUAAGGUUUUUGCGUGGAAGUGUUGUUCCAAUAUUCUAUCGGUUAAAUCAGUUCUUCGGCAUCGGCAUAUAUUGAUAGAGGAUAUGUGUGAUGGUUGUGGGGCUGAAGCAGAAAUGGCAUAUGGAGUUGGGCGUCGGACUAAUAAAGUUACACUGGGUUUGUUUUUAGUAGUUUGCUGGGGUUUGUGGUCAUCGCGGAAUCAAGCUCUAUUCAUGGAUCAUGGAAAUGAGAAGUGGAGACCGUCGGUUGGGGCGAUUCUUAAAGUGAACUUCGACGGGGCCAUGUUCAUGAGGCAGAAGGCCUGUGGAGUGGAGGUCAUGAUUCGUGAUCACAAGGGAGUGCCUAUUGCAGCUUUAUCGGAGAAAAUUCCAACAUGGAUGGAGGUAGAUUGUAUUGAAGCUACUGCGGUUGUCAAGGCACUGGAUUUUGCAGCCGAGUUGGGGUUAACAAACAUUCAAUUGGAAGGUGAUUCCCUUACUGUGGUGGAGGCAAUACGAGAGGAUGGUCAUCUUAGUGCUUCGUUUGGUCAUUUUUUACAAUAUGCCAUCUAUCGUAGUAAGCAUUUUUCGAGUUUUUGUGUUUCGCACAUGCGAUGGAGUGGCAACGUUGUGGCUCAUCAUUUGGCACAAAUGGCCAAGGAAGAUCCAGAUAAGAGAGUUUGGAUGGCUGGGGUUCCUGAGCAUUUAUGUUGA